AUUCUGCCACACUGCUAGAGCAGGACACAGAUGUGUCAUCUCCACCCCUGCCACAGCAUAGGGGCCCAGAGUCCCUGCCUGUCUCAGACCAUCCGUGUGACAGUGGGAGACUGUCUGUCAUGAUCCUGGGACUCUCCUUGUGUGCAGGAGUCAACAGAACCUCCAAGGGCAGAAGUCUCAUCGGGAAAGGCCUUCCGGUCACCAAGAAAGGAGCCACGGUGGCCCCAGGCUUUGCAGUGGACGAGAUCUCCGCGUCCAUCCUCACCGGGAAGCUGACCACCGUCUUCCUCCCGGCUGUCUACACAAUUGUGUUUGUGGUUGGCUUGCCCAGCAAUGGCAUGGCGCUCUGGGUCUUCCUUUUCCGGACGAAGAAGAAGCACCCCGCCGUGAUCUACAUGGCCAACCUGGCCCUGGCGGACCUCCUGUCCGUCGUCUGGUUCCCCCUGAAAGUCGCCUACCACAUACAUGGCAACAACUGGGUCUACGGGGAUGCCCUCUGCAAGCUGCUCACCGGCUUCUUCUACGGCAACAUGUACUGCUCCAUUCUCUUCAUGACCUGCCUCAGCGUGCAGCGCUACUGGGUCAUCGUGAACCCCAUGACGCACUCCCGGAAGACGGCCAACAUUGCCAUCGCCAUCUCUGUGGGCAUCUGGCUGCUGAUCCUGCUGGUCACCAUCCCCCUGUACGUCAUGAAGCAGACCCUCUACAUCCCAGCCCUGAACAUCACCACCUGUCAUGAUGUGCUGCCCGAGGAGGUGCUGGUGGGGGACAUGUUCAGUUACUUCCUCUCCCUGGCCAUUGGCGUCUUCCUGUUCCCAGCGCUCCUCACGGCGGCCUCCUAUGUGCUCAUGAUCCGGGCGCUCCAGUCCUCUGCCAUGGACGAGCACUCGGCCGGGAAGAGGCACAGGGCCAUCAAGCUCAUCGUCACCGUCCUGGCCAUGUACCUCAUCUGCUUCACGCCCAGCAACCUCCUGCUCGUGGUGCACUAUUUCCUGAUCAAGAGCCGAGGCCAGAGCCACGUCUACGCCCUGUACAUCACCGCUCUCUGCCUGUCCUCCCUCAACAGCUGCAUCGACCCCUUCAUCUACUACUUCGUCUCACAGGAUUUCAGGGACCACGCCAAGAACGCCGUCCUCUGCCGCAGCGUCCGCACUGUGAAGCGGAUGCAGGUCUCCCACACCUCCACGAAGUUCUCCCGGAAGUCCAGCUCGUACUCCUCCAGUUCAACCAGUGUUAAAGCCUCCUACUGAGCUUCCCAGCCCCGCGGGCAGAAGCUCUGAGUGGGGUAUAGCAGUUCCUGGGGCGGGGCUGGUGUUUUCUGCCAUGUGGGGGUCCCAGGACUGUGGGACGGGGGUUCCUGGUAAUCCGGAAGGCAGCAUCAGAACCUGGUACUCAGGUGGUGCAGAAACUGAUCUGAGCAAAGCAGACUUUUUAGGUGGUGAGGAGACAGAAACCUGUCAUGCAGACACUGCACUGGUGUCUGGCUGGAAGUGACUGUUCUCAAUCUGGGGUGUGUGCGAGAGCCUCAGUCCAAGUGACCAGCUUUCCGAUGGGGAAGUGAACUCGGGGAGUCAGAAGCCCGGCCAAUGCAGGGAGCUGCGGCAGCGGUGCCCGCGGGUUCAGCAAGUGGCUCUGGAUUCUUCAUCACAGUCGGUGAGGGCCAUGCUAAAAGCAGGCUCCCAGGGUGGGCGAGGAGAGCUCAGUCCACAGAGCCGCACACGAAGGCGGAGAACCUUCGGCCCCAGAGCUUUUCCAUGUGACAAAGUGCACCGUGGCUUUGGAAGAAAAAAGCUGAGAAGACUGUUUUAUGUCUCGUACUGUUCUGCUUGUAAUGAAAUUCAUUGUUGCUGUACUAGGACUUUCAAUUAUUUCCUUUUCUUUGGUGAGUGACUGUGUGUGUGUGUGUGUGUGUGUGUGUGUGUGUGUACUGGGAAUCGAACUCAGGACCUCAAGCUUGCCAGGCAGGCACUGUGCUGCUGAUCUGCAUCCCUGGCACCGCAACUAUUUCUUUAUUAUCCCUUUUUGCCUUGAUAUGUGUCAUUAUCCCAGGAAAAUACAAUGUGGAUCUUCAACAUGGAAAUCAACUUUGUUAUAAGACCUUAUUGACCACAGUCUGAGUAAUAUAGACUUAGCUUUAUAACUAAGAGGAACAUUUACCACUCAGUAUUUUUAAAAGUGAGUGUUGGCAUAUUUAUUGUCAAGUUUUGUUCACUUGUUAUCAAAUAGGAAAUUACUGAGCUUUUGCAGGGCUAGAGCCGAAUUUGUUUGGGAGAUGGACUAGGCUUGCGAUGUGCGUAAGGGGGACUGGACUCCAAAGUGACCGUGUACCUGCUGUAUUUGUGACUUUUAAAAACUAUUUUAUUGUAUGCGUGGUUUAUAAACAAUACAUUGCCUUUUUUACUGCU